GACCAGUGCCGGUACCGCCCGCUAGCCCCCUGACAUGGACACAGUGGUGCCCCCGUAAAUAAAGCAAAGCGGCGUUGACGGUCAAGGGAGCGGAGCGCUAUAUCAGCCGAGUGCUGUUUUUACAGUGCGAGGACGAGGAAGUUCAUCUCUCCGCCCCAAUCGGGUUCUUCCCAACCCUAAUGGCUUAAGAAACCAUGGAGCCAACCCUAGAGACCCUCCAAGACAGCAGCGCCGACCGAUCGCCAUCGGUCACCGGCGAUUCUUCCCCCUCGGGGUCCGUCCCUUCCCGCCGUCUCAAUGCCCGGGCAGCAGAGUUCGUCCCUCGCUCCACACAACUCCACGCGUCUUCCCCGGCGUCGAUCCAGCACUGCCACUCUCCCUUGUCUCGCCCCGUGAUGCAUGCCUUCCAACAAGCGCCCCUCAGUCCUACUUACUUUACUCCUGGGCCGAGUUCGUUCGAGCACUACGGGGCUUCGUCAGCCGGUGGCUCUAGCGAUGAAGAGGGAGGGCACACUGGCGCUGAUCCUGAACUAGUCCCUCUGGAGAGGGACGGACUUUCGGAGGAAGUUUUACAACAGAUCACGAAGCAGGUUGAGUAUUAUCUCAGUGAUGUGAACCUUGCUACAACUGAACACUUGAUGAGAUUCAUAAGUAAAGAUCCUGAUGGAUUUGUGCCAAUAUAUGUAAUAGCUGCAUUUAAGAAGAUCAAAGCUUUAGUUCACAAUAAUUCACAGCUUGCUAUGGCACUCCGAACAUCUUCAAGACUGGUUGUAAGUGAAGAUGGGAAGAAAGUUAGGCGUCAACAGCCUUUUACAGAGUCGGACAUGGAAGCAUUGCAGUCUCGCAUUGUUGUUGCUGAAAACUUGCCUGAAGAUCAUUGUUACCCGAAUCUCUUAAAGAUCUUCUCAUCUGUUGGCAGUGUAAAGACUAUACGCACAUGCUAUCCACAACUUGCCAAUGGAAUAGCUUCUUCAAAUAAUAGACCAACAAGACUUGAAGUGCUCUUUGGUAGCCGAUUGCAUGCAUUUGUGGAGUACGAGACUGUUGAAGAUGCUGAAAAAGCAGUUGCUGAACUAAAUGAAGAGAAGAAUUGGAGAAGUGGUCUCAGAGUUAAAUUUUUUCCUAAAUUCUUGACAAAACAUGGGCUAGCUCGAGGAAGAAAAGGACAUGAAGGUGAAUUUAAUGGAGAUGAUGUGUCCACAUCAAACCAAUCACAUGAAAGACAGAUUGAUGAUGCCUAUCACUUAUCUGAGGCAUCACAUGAGCAUGAGAAUGAGGAGGGCAAUGAUAAUGACGGAUCACCAAGGCGAGGGAGAGGCUGGGGACGUGGAGGGUCAAGGCUUGGGCAUGGUCAGCAUCACAACAAUAGUCGUGUAGCCGCCUCUCUGGUUGACACCCCACCAUCUAGCCAUCUUAUCCAUUCUGACCGUGAGCAGCCUGUUCCAAACAAACCACCUCCUGGUCCUCGAAUGCCAGAUGGAACUAGGGGAUUCACCAUUGGUCGAGGGAAAUCAGCACUCCCUGCAAGUACAGUCUAAAAAUGUUUUCAGUGUUUUCCUCUAUAUUCAUUCUCCAUGUGUAUGUUGUGGUCGUCAUCAGCCAAUCCACGGCUUUUAGUGCCGGUGCUGAUUUUGGUGUCACUGUAUCCAUUAUAUUAGCUGUGGUUGGACUAGUUUUUGUGGUCGAUUUGCAGGUUGUAUGUUGUUGGGUUCUUACUUUUCAUGGUCUGCUCUCCAAAGGAAAAAAAUGCAAGGGAAUGAGAAAGGGAAGUUGUUACUUAAUUCUAUUAUAUGUUAAAUACGGCAAAAACUUUACGCUA